UGUGAUAAGUUUGAAAUCUUUAUGCGAGAUAUUGCUGUUAAAUUUUAACAGUCGAGGCUAAAAGUAUUUAUGUCGUUUUGAUUAUGAGUAUCUAUAUUUACCUAAAAAAUUAAAAAUAAAAAUUACUCUCUAUCCUAUUUGAUUUAAUCUAUAUUUUUUUCUAAUUAUUUUAUUUAAUAUGUUUUAUUUUUUUAUUUAAGUAAUUAUUUUACACUAUAAUUUUACAUUUCGAAAUAUCCGGUGUAAAAAAAAAAAUGAAAGGCAAAUUACAACGGGUAUUUUUGUUGCUUAAAAAGCUGAAGCGCGGGCAUUAAACAGUGUAGUCUAUAAAUAAACCCAGACUGCAUUGCUUUCAAGUUUCCCUUCUUUUAACUGAAUUCUAAAUAGUCACGCAGCUAAUCGGAUUUUGAGAGAGAGAGAGAGAGUAGAUGACGGUUACUCAUCAGAAUCACUUAUUCCGGUAUGGAUUUACGAUGAAUUUUGGUGUUCUGGUGCUGUUCUUCGCCAUCUUUCUUAUUAGCCAUUCCUCUGCUCUUCAGAGAGGAGAAUUCUGCUUGACGAGCAAAAGCUGUGAUGCAGGGCUGCACUGCGAGACUUGCCUAGCGAAUGGCAAUCUCAAGCCGCGGUGCACUCGAAUUCAGCCUAUCAAUCCUCUUUCUAAGGUGAAAGGAUUGCCGUACAACAGUUACACGUGGCUAACCACACACAACGCCUUUGCCAGAUUGGGGGUGAGGUCGGCAACCGGAGGCAUAAUUCUAUCGCCACAGAAUCAACAGGACUCCGUCACCGAUCAGCUAAACAAUGGGGUCAGAGGGUUGAUGCUCGACAUGUACGACUUCGAGAAUGACAUCUGGUUAUGCCACUCAUAUGGGGGGAAGUGCUUCAACUACACAGCUUUUGUACCAGCUAAAACUGUUCUAAACGAGGUUCGAGCAUUUCUUGAAGCAAAUCCAACUGAAAUAGUCACCAUAAUUAUAGAAGAUUAUGUUACAUCUCCUAAUGGCCUGACAAAGGUUUUUAAUGCCUCUGGGUUGAACAAAUACUGGUUUCCAGCAUCUCGAAUGCCCAAAAAUGGUGGAAAUUGGCCGAUAGUUGAUGACAUGAUCAGGCAGAACCAGCGUUUAGUAGUCUUCACGUCUAAAUCAUCCAAGGAAUCUUCAGAAGGCAUUGCGUACCAAUGGAGAUACGUAGUAGAAAACCAAUAUGGUGAUGGUGGAAUGGUAGCUGGAUCAUGCCCAAAUCGUGCUGAAUCGCCUGCUAUGAAUCUAACAUCGAGGUCCCUAGUCUUAAUGAACUACUUCCCAGAUAAUCCAGAUGUGGCCACAGCUUGCAAACACAAUUCAGUCCCUUUAGCUGAUAUGAUGAACACAUGUUAUCAAGCUGCUGGUAGAAGGUGGCCCAAUUUCAUUGCAGUUGAUUUUUACAAGAGAAGUGAUGGUGGUGGAGCACCUGAAGCAGUAGAUAUGGCGAAUGGAGAGCGAGCUUGUGGCUGCAAAACUAUAUCAUCUUGCAAGGAAAAUAUGGCAUAUGGAGAAUGCGAAGCACCUGAGGCAGGUUUUGGUGCAGCACUCAAAAAUCAAACCCACUCUGGAGGCUUCUACGCCAGACCCUUCCAAUCACUAUGGAUGCUCAGUCUACUAGUUAUGGCUAUCGUAUCACUGUGAAUGUCCACAACUUGCUUCUUCAUUUUUUAUUCUUUUUUUGGUUGAUUUUAUACAAACUGGAAAUCUAAAUUGAUAUACUGGUUUCCGAUGAA